AUGUUUGACCCAUGCUCUUUAAUUAAUCAUCAUGAGCAUCAGAACUUAUAUCAAGGAGAAUACCAGAACCCUCGUCAAUAUCAUCAUAACGAUGAACAGAUGUACGAAAUACGAAGUGAUCAGAAACAUGAUAACGAGCUGAAAAGUGAACGUGCUGAAGACGACGAUGAUGAAGAAAGUGGUGGUGCUGGAGACCAACUGAAUGAGAAGAAAAUACGUCAACGACGAUUACGAACACAUUUUUCAACAACACAACUACAACAAUUAGAAACAACAUUUUCUUAUAAUCUUUAUCCAGAUCUUAUGCUUAGAGAAGAUCUCGCACAAAUAACAAAUUUGACAGAAGCUAAAGUAAAGGUGUGGUUUAAAAAUCGACGCGCGAAAUGGAGAAAACGUCAAAAAAACACAAAUUUUUCUCCAUAUAGUCAUCCAAUUGGCUAUCAUCAGUGGGAAACAAAAUCUCCUCCAACUUCAACAUCCUAUAAUUCAUGGCCGACGACGGUAGCUUCAAUAACAUCUACAUCGAUGAAUCAAACGAAUUUGUCUUCAUCCGCAUUUUAUUCGUCAUCUGUUCAUUAUCCAACAUCAACAUUGUCCAAUUUCAGUAAUUAUUCAUCAAAUGAGCUUCAUCCAUUGACACAGGCUCUGAAAGAUAAAUCUAAAAUGAAUGAAUCAAGUUUUCAACUAUACGAUUCGAACUAUCCUGCAUAUGUUAGUAAUGCAUUCGUGAACAGUUGUUCUGCUAAUCUGAAUACUUGA